ACACUCGUGUCUCCUCCUGCAGUGUACCGGAUGAUGUUCCAACAGACCUACGCUGAGAUGAAGCAGCCGUCCGACGAGUGGAAGACCGUGAUUGGAGGCAUCUUCCUCUUCAUGGGCUUCACCGGCCUGGUGGUCUGGUGGCAGAGAGUCUACGUCUACCCUCCACGUCCGCGGACCUUCGAGGACGACUGGCAGGCCAAGCAGCUCCAGAGGAUCCUGGACAUGAGGAUCAACCCCAUCCAGGGAAUCUCUUCCCAGUGGGACUACGAGAAGAAGCAGUGGAAGUAAAGCUGGACUGUAUCUGAGGUAACCCAGAGUGUGGACCGUUCACCUCAGAACGCUGCUGCUCUUUACUCUAUGAAGCUAAAGUCAGAAUGAAUGUUGUGUUUUAACUCUUCAAACCAGUAGAAAGAUGGAACUGAUCCACCGCCGCCAGCAGCUCUGAGGACAUCUGUGUUACCUCCAGUCACCUGCAGCUCUUUGUCACACUGUGUCCGUCCUGUGUGACCAUAAAACAAUAAAGUUUUGCUGAUGUCUGUGUGCAGCUUGUUCAUUAAAAAGUAAAAGAUU